UAGUGUCAGGAAGAAGAGGCGGAGAAGGAGAGCUCGUAUCGACGGUUUUUCGAGUGCUGUUCAGGUGCAUUAAGAAAGGCAGUAGUCGUAGGUUGGCCAGGUAGGCAUUGGAAGGCUGACGGGCGGGAAGCAGGAAGAAGGGAAUGGCUGGACCGGGAGGAAGAGGGCAGCUUAUGCCACCCCCUGAAGAAGAACUGGCUACAAAAGUACUGCAGAUACAGUCCAAACGGUUUUACUUGGAUGUUAAGCAGAACAGAAGAGGGAGAUUCAUCAAAGUUGCUGAGGUUGGUCCCGCAGGUAGAAAGAGUCGUCUGUUAUUAGCAAUGUCCACAGCUCUAGAACUGCGAGAUCAUUUGACAUCUUUUAGUGAAAUAUACGCUUCACUGGGUCCACCUAAUCCAGAUAACUUACCAGAAGAUGGUAAGUUAAAAAGUGAAGUGAUGAUAAAAGAAAACAGAAGGUAUUACCUUGACCUUAAAGAAAAUUCUAGAGGAAGGUUUUUACGGAUUUCACAAACAAUAGCCAGAGGAGGUCCACGUUCCCAAGUUGCUGUACCAGCACAGGGAAUGAUAGAAUUCCGUGAUGCUCUAACUGACCUUCUAGAAGAAUUUGGCACAGAAGAUGAUAUGUCAUAUGGUAGAUUCAAAGGUGAGCUUCCUGAAGCUCGUCAUAUGCGUAUAGAAAACAAGAACUUUUAUUUUGACAUAGGCCAAAAUAGCAGGGGGAUCUAUAUGCGAAUAUCUGAGGUGAAGAGCAACUUUAGGACUGCAAUCACCAUUCCAGAAAAAUCAUGGGGCCGUUUCCGAGAUAUAUUUUCUGAAUACGUGGAGAAGUUGAAGGAACUGUCUGAUAAGCCAGCUGAGGAGGGUAAAUGAGAGUAUAGGGAUCUAGCAGGCAAAAACUGCAAGUAGUACAAGGCACAAAUACAAGUGAAAUCAGUACAUUAUUAAAAGUUCUGGACUGUUGUGCUUCUGACAUUAGUAGGUACUGUGUUACCUCGUCCCAAAGACAGAGAGAGUCUUUUAGACAUUGGCAAGAAAACACCUGUCCUCCGUGCAUUAAGACAGUGGACACCCUCCAUUGUAUAUGGUUUUGUAAGUAAACACUUUGCCAGAGCUACAUGCUCACUUCACUUCAGUACUGAUGAGCUGGUUACUGGACUGUUGGGGGAAUGAGACGGUGCCAUCAUUUUUCGUUGAGGAGGAAAUUGAUGGCAUAUGUCUUAGCUUUCAAACCAGAGGCAUCACUACACUGGAGUGAUGGCAGGUCAAAGUCCUUGCUUUGCAAUAGCCUGUAAACAGAAAUCUCUUAUUUCUGAGUAUUGGGUCUUAAAAGAAAGUUCAUUCCAUUGUAUUUAAAAAGAAAAAAAAGUUAGGGAGUAUAAUAGACUCAUCUGUGUUAAGAGCAAAAUACACUUUUAAAAUCUGAAAGAACCAAAGUUACAAAUUGAAUGUGGAGAAAAGAAAUGGAUAUGUUUAAUGUAUGAUGUAAACCUUUUAAGAUAUUAUAGGUCAAGCAUCUGUUUGAAGACAAAAAUUAUUUGUUGCCAAAAAAAAUAAAAAAUUGACGUCCACUAGUGGAAUUUUACAGGUUUCGAGAUAUAUUCUAAUACAGUGUUAAGAUCGUACAACAACCCACUCACCCCAAAAAUUAACCCUUUCAGGACCAGUGUACACUUUUCAGUUGUUGAGUGCAAAUCGGCAUAUUAAAUUUCUAUAUUUAAAUAAAAAUAAUUUUAAUUUUAUUUAAACAAUUUUUAACUAAAAAUAUUUUAGAAUUCAUAUGGUAUCAUUUUGUAAUAUUUGUUUAAUAUAAUUAGCAAAAAAAACUUUUUAAAAAAAUCUUCAAAUAUUAAUUUCUGUAUAGCUAUGAACAGUCUUGCCUGCAAACAACACACCAUUUUUUGUUUUUUUUUAGAAUUUUCUGCCUACCUCAAUACAGACAUUAGUAUUUGCUAAGAAGCUAUCAUCCUUAUAUUGUUUCUUUUAUGGUCUUUCUUCUCUUUUUCUACUUUCAUUACUACAUGCUUCAAUUCACAUCUCUUUAUGAUUUCACAAGAUGUGACCCGAACAACUACAAAUGAAGUUUCAGCUUUUAAAAUAGUUACAGGAAAGAUUUAAAUAUGACUGGAUAGAGCAGGUUAUAAAGUAAUUAUAUCAAUGUAGGGUGACUAAAGUGAUAUGAAAAGCAAUUUAUGGUUUUGUGGAAAAGUGACAAGUUGUAGCUCACGGUUAGAAGAACACAAAUUUAAUUGGAGGUUUAAAAGACUGAGAGAAAACUCAUAGUCCGGAGAAUUUAUUUUAGUUUUUUUAUAUAUAUAUAUUUUUUCCUCUAGAAAAUGAUUUUACAUUAACCUGUAUUUGUUUUAAAGCUAUAGAAAUGUUCUUCUUUGACAAGACAUCAGGUAAGCUGAGUUAGGUUUAGUGGGUAUAGUAGGCAACUUCAAAUUUUUUGAUGACUUAAAUCCUUAUUUAUUAAAUAUUAUUGUUAAGUUUAUUGUAUUCAAACAAUACACACAAGUAGAAGAACUUAUUAUUUAUUCUAAAAGAUACUAUAUUUAUUAGAUAUAAAUUGAUUUCUAACAAUAAUAAUGCUAUGACACCAUUAGAGAAAAAGUAAAUAAAGUUAUCUAAAUAAAGUCAAAACUAGAUAAUAUUUAGUAAGUUUUUUUUUUGUAAAUAUCAUGGAAUUUGCUUAAGUAUGUUCAGCAUGAAAAGAAAAAAUCAGUAGGUGUCAGUGACACUCGUUCUGGUCCAGAAAGGGUUAAAUAUAUAAAAAAAUAAAAGAUUUGUACUUGAAAUAGCAAAAGUAUUGUUUGAGUUAUUAUUUCUGAUUUAGACAAGAGAAAGCUUCAACUUUUUUUUUUAAAGCUUAACUGUAUAUGUUGUUAAUAAUAACCAGUAAAUUAAACAAAUGAAGUCGAACUUACGAUAAGCAAUGGAAAUAAGUAACACUUUCAGUUCCUUGCAUAGAUAGAUUAAUGGUGUUAACCUUGGAGGUGUGGUCAUAAUGGCUUUUUUAUCAUUUAAACAUACCUCUUAAGUUCUGAUGGACAAGAUUGCUCUCUGUUUGUUUCUUUUUAAUGGUAAUCAAAAAUUGUAUUUAGGACACACUGCCAUUAAAGUUUGGUUGGAUUCAAAUAUUGGUCUGUUAUUGGUUAGGUGCAACAUUAAUACCAAGUACCUGUUAUGUUAGUGACAAAGUGUUGAAUGUUGUAACAUAGAAAGAAAAGUUCCAAGUAAAAUCUUGAUCUUUUUUUUGUUUAUUUUUCAUCCUUUUGCUGUGAGUGAAAUGUUUAAGAGCCCUUAGAUUGUUUUCUUACAAAAUACAAAGUCUUAUUAUUUUACUUAAUUAGUCUCUUUAAAGACAUUUUAUCUGAAUUAUUUCUUUUUUGUUAUGAUCACUGCCCUCUAUGAAAAGGCUGUACAAUUAUCAACAAUAAAACUUGCUAUGAUAAA